GCGGAAGUCCUUGCUGCUCUUCAGAUCAUUAAAGCGUUAGUAGCGCAGAAUGCUGAGCUCCGGAGAGCACGUUCCCUGCUAGACCAGCGCUGGUGACCCCCGCCCCCUCAGGAAGCCCACUCCACACUGACAACAUGUGACGCCUGCCCGGGCAGAGCACACCGCGACACAUGGAGGGGACCCCCGGGCAGCUCUCGCUAGCCUCAUUUCCUACCUCAUCGAUCGGAUUGAAGAAGCGAUCAGAUCGGACAGAACUCAGGAUUAUCGUGUAGACUAUGGAGUGCAGAAAAGGCGAUGUGAUGCCGUCCAGGACGGGAUGAAUAAUUGAAGCUGGAGGCAGCGGUUCCUGGCACAGGGGGGUGUGUCUGGCAGCGUCUCUGCUCUGGUGGAAAACUUGUCGUUGUGGCCCCGCAGGACUGAGUCGCUGGCUGUCACUUAUCGAUCCCUCUCCCCCAGUGCAUGUAAACAGAGCCGGGGAGGAGGAGGGCUGUGUACCGGGCUCCCGCUGGGCUCCACGCCCCGGCCGGUAGCAUGCUGCGCGCCUGAGCCGCUUCUCCGUGCCCGCUGAUCGCACCCCUCGCCCCCUGUAAAUGGCUUCAUUCCCGGAGUCGGACUUCCAGCUGUGCCCGCUGUGUAAGGAGAUGUGCGUGUCGUCUGCCCCGAUCUCCUCGUCCAGCUCGUCGUCCUCCUCCUCCCAAGCCUCCAGCAGCAGCAGUAGUGGCGGCGGCGGCGGCAGCCUGGGCUCCGCUCCUCGCAGGCUGCACGUCUUGCCUUGUCUCCAUGCCUUCUGCAGGCAGUGCCUAGAGGGGCACAGGAGCCCCGGGGACUCUCUGCAGCUACACUGCCCUGUGUGUGACCAUAAGGUGCUCAUGUCCGAGGCUGGCAUGGAUGCCCUGCCCUCCUCCACUUUCCUGCACCUCAGUAACUUACUGGACGCGGUGGUGGGCGCUGCUGAGGAGCCGCACAGUAAUGGAAGUCGUGGAGGUGGCAGUGGUGCCAGGCGACAGCAGCCCCGUCCCCGCUCCGCUUCGUGCUCAUCCUCCAGCCUUCUCCGCCGGGCACCCCCCAGCCAGCCUGAACCGCGCUGCUCGUCGUGUGAUGAUGGCAACGGUGCCAGCUCCCACUGCCUGGACUGCCAGGAGAACCUGUGCGACAACUGCCUGCGGGCUCACCAGAGAGUGCGGCUCACCAAGGACCACUUCAUAGAGAGAUUCAGCGGCCCAGGGAGCAGGGCACCGGGCUGCCUCAGCGGCACUGCCUCCCCCUGCAACUCGGCGGCAUCCAGCGCUGCCACUACCUCAUCCUCGUCUACCUCUUCACCCUUCCAGGGCAGUGCCUUCUCCAUCCUGCCCGUGUACCCAGAACGGCUCGCCUACUGCCAGCAGCAUGAUGAGGAGAUUGACAAAUAUGGAAUGCGCAAGACAGUGUAUAACCUGGCGGAUCUGGUGAGGAUUAAGAAUUGGGUCCUACAUUUCUACUGUGAUACUUGCUCUACGCCUAUCUGUCGUGAGUGCACUAUGGCACGUCAUGUUGGGCACAGCUUUGUCUAUCUCCAAGAUGCUCUUCAGGACUCAAGGGCACUUACUAUCCAGCUGUUGGCAGAUGCUCAGCAAGGCCGCAAAGCUAUUCAGCUGACUCUUGAGCAGGCCCAAGCACUGGCAGAGCAAGUUGAGAUGAAAGCCAAAGUAGCUCAGUCAGAGAUCAAAGCAGUCACAUCCAGACACAAGAAGGCACUGGAGGAGAGGGAAUGUGAGCUGCUUUGGAAGGUUGAAAAAAUACGCCAGGUGAAAGCAAAGUCUCUGUACCACCAGGUUGACAAACUCCACCAGGCUCUCAACAAAUUGGACAGCACAAUCAAUGCAGUUCAGCAGGUCUUAGAAGAAGGUUGUACAAUGGAUAUUCUGAUAGCUCGGGACCGUGUCUUAGCCCAGGUGCAAGAUAUAAAAAAUGCUAGAGGCUUAUUACAACUUCAGGAAGAUGACAGAAUUAUGUUUACUCCCCCGGAUCAGGCCCUGUAUCUUGCAAUUAAAUCUAUGGGUCUUGUAAGUAGUGGAGCAUUUGCAGCCCUAACAAAAGCCACAGGAGAAGGCUUGAAACGGGCUCUUCAAGGCAAAGUUGCCUCUUUCACAGUCAUUGGUUAUGACCAUGAUGGCGAAGCACGUUUGUCAGGUGGUGAUCUUAUUACUGUUCUAGUGAUGGGUCCUGAUGGAAAUCUGUUCGCAGCUGAGGUUACGGAUCAGAUGAAUGGCACAUAUUUGGUUAGUUAUAGACCUCCGCUUGAGGGAGAACACCUUAUUUCUGUGAUGGUGUGCAAUCAACACAUUGAGAACAGCCCUUUUAAAGUCCAUGUGAAAUCAGGUCGAUGCUACUUAGGCAUUGGUCUACCUUCCCUUUCUUUUGGAGGAGAAGGCGAUACUGAUGGAAAGCUUUGUCGUCCUUGGGGUGUCUGUGUGGACAGAGAAGGAUAUAUAAUUGUGGCUGAUCGGAGCAACAACCGCAUUCAAAUCUUUAAGCCAUGUGGAACAUUUCAUCACAAGUUUGGAAGCUUGGGUUCAAGGCCUGGCCAGUUUGAUCGUCCUGCUGGAGUCGCUUGUGAUAGUUCCCGUAGGAUUGUGGUAGCUGAUAAAGACAACCAUCGUGUUCAGGUCUUCACCUUUGAGGGCCAAUUCCUAUUGAAAUUUGGAGAGAAAGGGACCAAAAAUGGGCAAUUUAAUUAUCCUUGGGAUGUUGCUAUGAAUUCAGAAGGAAAGAUCCUAGUGUCUGAUACCCGGAACCAUCGUGUUCAGUUAUUUGGUCCAGAUGGGACAUUUCUUAAUAAGUAUGGUUUUGAAGGUGCUCUCUGGAAGCACUUUGACUCCCCACGUGGAGUGGCAUUUAGUCAGGAUGGCUAUCUUGUGGUGACUGACUUCAACAACCACCGGCUGUUGAUAAUCAAGCCAGACUGUCAGUCGGCACAUUUCUUGGGCACUGAGGGUACAGGAAAUGGGCAGUUUCUGCGACCUCAGGGUGUUGCAGUCGAUCAAGAAGGACGCAUUAUUGUGGCAGACUCCAGAAACCACAGAGUACAAAUUUUUGAGCCAAAUGGAAGCUUCUUGUGCAAGUUUGGCACUCAAGGAAGUGGCUUUGGCCAGAUGGAUCGCCCCUCUGGUAUAGCUGUCACACCUGAUGGCACAAUUGUUGUGGUGGAUUUUGGUAACAACAGGAUUCUAGCUUUUUAAUCCGUUUUCAACACAAAAUUCUCAGGGAAAUGUUAUCAAGAAGUAUAAUGUACAUCAAGACUGAGCACCUACCUCAUUUUUUCUUCUUCUUUUUAAACAUAAACUGUAACUGCAAAAGAGCCUGUGAAUAAAACAAUAUUGGGAAGAAAAAUCUACCUCAGAUCCUCAAACAGAGUAUUACUUUGAUUUUUAUUUUUUUUUCUGAUCCUGCACAAAAUAUUAUCAACAUACCUCACUUCAAAUGAAUGAAACAAAACAGACUGCACCUGCUAAGAGAAUGUAUUUAAAAAAAUAAAAAAAAACUCUUCUGAAAAAAGCCAAAAAGGGCUAUAAACUUUAAUUGAUACCAGGAAAAUCAACAUAGACAUUUUUGUUGAAAACACUUGUCCUCUUUAACCAAAUUUUGAAUUCCUCUUUUUCCUGUGCUGCUGCAACAGAGGACACCUUGUAUUACCUCAGUACUAAGUUUCAAAAUGAGAAAUACCUCAGUAUGCAAAUUUUACAAGGUAUUGUGUUUUUUUUGUUUUGUUUUUUUUUGCGUUUAUAUUCUCCUGAUCAAAUAUCACAUACCUCAGAAGACAAUAUUUUAUUUUAUAUAUUGUUUACGUUCUUUUUGUUAGUAUGUUGUGAUGCUUAGUUUAUACUGGAUGUAUUGAUCAUUUGCUUGUUCACAAGUCGGUGUUCUUACAAAUUCCAGUCAUAGAGGUUUGUCUAUAUGUUUGUCUGUGUGUGUUUUAAAAAUUGCAACAAUGUUUUUACAUGUUCCUCUUGAAUACCCUGGGGGUGAAUAUUGUGAGAGAUGAAGCAAAACAUGUAAAGGUAAAGUUAUUUUCUUGUUCAAACAACAUAAGAGUUUUAUGGGUUACAUUCGGGCAGAACUUCAGGAUGUAUUAUAAUAUGCUUUGGGUCAAACAAGUGAUGAAUGUGGUUUGAGAUGAUCACAGGAAAGCACCAAUUUUGGAUUCCUUCCAGCAAGUGACACCAAAACCCGUAUGAUGAUGAUUUUCUGCAGAGGUGGUGCUGUAAAGAUCAGUAAUAUACUUGUUGUGCAAAUUACUAUUGUUACAAUUUGUGAAGACUAAUCUACUGCUUUUAUUUUGAUAUCACAUAAUUUUUCUUUUCAUUGUGAGACCAUAGUUAAGAUGUGUCUUGUCUUGCUAGCUUGUGUCCUUAUCUGCAAUUCAAGUCUUAUUGUGGCUAGGUAGAUGUGUUUUUUUUUAUUUUUUAUAAAUUUAAAGUAACUUGCAGAACAAUAAGAUGCUACUCCAAUUACAUUGGAUUUAGUUUUUAGCAUAUACAAAUUUUAGUUCAUAUGGUGUUCCAAAAAAAAAAAAAAAAAUCAUUGGCUUUGUGAAAAAAUACCCUAAAAGUAACACUUCUCCCCUCAACAUCUAACGGCAAAAUUUUUUAAAAAAACCUUUUUAAAGUGUGCCUGUCAUCAUAAAAGCUUUUGAAAUGUUCUGGGAAGUGUUCAGACCCCAACUGAUAAAUUAAGCUUUACAUUAAGGCUAAGUAAAUGCUCAACCAAAGAUUGAAGUUUUUCUUGAUUUGCAAAGAAAGUUUGUCCGAUUUUUUUUUUUUAUUUUUUUAAAUAUUUUUUUGUUAACUUUAAAAAGGUUAUCCAGGAUUCAAAAAACAGAGCUUAUUUCUUUCAAAAGCCGCUCCCUGUCUGUCUCCAGGUUGGGUGUGGUUCUGCAGCUUAGUUCCAAUGUAAAUGGAGCAAAGUUGUAAUGCCUGGGAGCUGUCUUUUAAAGGAAUAAGCUCUGUUUCGAUUAUUGAACAAUCCAUUUAACAUAUCUGCAAGUCAAAGUUAUAUUUAUGUGAAUAUGAACAAUUUUAUUUCUCCUUGAUUUGCACUUUUUGUUUUUUAUAUUAAGCCGAAAAGAAGGCUGGAUUAAACAUGAUCUGUAAAACAGUGGUUCUGCUUUUAGGAUAAAGAUUUACAUACCUCACUCCAAUUAAUACUCUGGCUGCACUUAUUGCUCUGAUGCCAGUUGAGUUUGACGCAUGCCCUCUUAUGAGGUGUUUAUAUCUGACUUUUCAACUUGUAUAACUAGAGAUUAAUAUGUGUAGGUAGAGUAAUAAUUUGAACACAGUAGCUCAGGCAUGGCUGGCAGUCUUGUCCGCUUUAACUGCACUGCCUGUGAAAAGUGCAAGUAAUUGUAGUUUGACGAAUGUACAGUUGAAAUUUGCUUCACCAAUACUAAUCUAGUCUUAGUUCCUGGGCUUCCUGGUGUUUAUAGAGUCCAGUAUGUAAAUUAUACACGAUUGUGUCGAUUUUAUAACCUUAAUUCUUAGCUAACCACCAAAUGGUGUAAAUAGUUUUUUUUUUUCCAAGUAAUAUUUAUGGCCAUCAACAUUUUUAUCCCUAUAAGGUAGUAAAAUAGUUUUUAAAGUUAGAAGGAUAAAUGCUUGUCUAUUCUCUUAUACACUGACCAUCUGAAAUGAUUGUGACAGUUACAGUAUAUGUGGUUCCAUCAGUAUUUUAAAUGGCUUCAAAUUUGAGGAAAGUCUAUGUAAAUUAGAUAUGAAAACAGUGGAGGAGUCCUAUGGGGUUUUCCAAUUUUCACCAUUCUAGCUAAGAUUUUUUUAUUUUAUUUUUUUAAACGUGGUGCCAGUUAUUUGCAUAACUACAAUACUAUUAUAAUACUACUAUAAAUACAAUUAUUUAAUUUGUGCUUUGCAGUUUACUUUUUCUUGUAAUGGAUUUGUAAGCAAUUAAAAGGUUAGCAUAGCAGACAGUUUGGGGGGGGACUCAGUGCAUAACAGUAUGAUGCCCAUAUAAUGCUCUGUGUACUGCAUUGUGCCUCAAGGUUUAUACCAAGAUACAUGGACAGUGGCAUAUACCAAUACAUUAACUGUAUUACUAAGUCAUUCACACCAAGAAGCAUUCUGUCUCCAGAAACCACACUACAGAACCCUGUGCUUCUGG